AUGAUCGCCGAAAGUGCAAAUGCGGCCGAACAAUUCGUUGAAGAAAAAUGUACGAAUUUCGAUUACGGGAAUGCUUUCCUUCAUAAGUUAAAUAAAAUGCGAAUCGAUCAAGAGAUUGAAGAAUUAGUAAAAGACGACGGACUUGCAGUGGCGUUUGAAGAUAAUGCUUUCAAGGCCAUAAUGAAGUGGGUUAAGCACGAUCUGGAGAAGCGAAAAAGUUAUCUCGCCGAGUUAAUGAGCCAUAUGAGGCUACCUUUUAUUCGAAAUGAAUUUCUAAGAGACCAUGUCAUUAAUGAAACUUUGCUUAAGAACGAUUCGCAUGGUAACCAAUUUUUACCUCAACUUUGCACUUAUCACUUAACAUCAACGAGCCAACGAUCAUCUCAAACCAGAAAAAAUAUACCUAAAAAUCGAAAUGCAAGGUUUCACAUACUAUUCAGUGGCGGUGAAGAUAUAAAGACUGGUUGGCCACAACGUAAGUGCAGAGUAUUUAAUGUAAGCAGCAGCAAAAUAUGUUCCAUCACAGAUAUGGUAGAUAGAAGAAAUGGAAAUUCUGUAAUUUCUUUAAACGAUGUUGUGUAUUCGGUGGGAGGAUAUGACGAAGAUGUUCUGGAAAGUGCGGAGUAUUAUGAUCAGGUCAAUAGGAAAUGGAUUCACAUUGAACCUAUGAACAGAGGUCGAGUUUACUUUGGGAUCUGUGCUCAUAAUAGUCUUAUUUAUGCCAUUGGCGGUGCACACCUCUCAAGCGUUGAAAGUUACAAUGCUUCAACGGGCAAGUGGUACGCGUGCCCAAAUACACCUGUUGCAUACGAGUGGUGGUGUCGCGCAACUGUAGUGGAAAAUAGCAUUUAUAGUUUGGGUCGUGGAACGGAUGGCGUCACAUCGUGUAUCCGUUUCGAUCCCAGGGAGGGUCGAUGGUAUAAACUGAAUGAAAUCCCAGGACGUCCACUAAAUGGUUUUGAACUGUUCUCUUACGAUCGAUCGUUGUUUUUUAUUGGGAAGAAGUGCGCGCGCCUUGACAUACGAUCAAAUAAAUGGGAUUCGAUGCUUUCUAUGCUCUCCCAAAGGUUUUACUAUUCCGCUGCUGUCAUAGCAGACGACAUAUACGUGUUUGGUGGCGGCUUGAAUGUGGGAUCACGUGUGGAGCAUAUUAAGACCGUAGAACGCUAUAACAUCCAUAACAAUGAAUGGACAACAGUCGAUGCAAUUGAAGUUGAAUCAUUUGGUGGCGCAGCGGCACUGAUUAGCGGUGAUAUUAAUUUGGACUAA